GGCGGCGUCGCGGCGUUCCGCGCGGUCCGUGCGGGAGGGGCGGUAGCGGCAGCCGGGGCAGUACCCGAGCCGGGUGGCGGCGAGCGCGCCGAGGUGCGGGCGGCCGGCCGGGGGCUGACGGGCGGGCCGCUUGCCGCCGGUGCGCGGGGGGCUGGCCGGUGCCGGCGCUCGGCGGAGGGGCCUUGAAAGGAGCGCGUGUUUCCUGCCCGCGGAGCGGCGGCCGAGGAUGGAGGCGUUCCCGUCCCCCCUGGAGUCCGCGGAGUUCAUCGCCGCCCGCAGCGUGGACGUCGCCGUGGACGUGGAGGGGGCGCGGCGGGUGGCCGAGCGCCUGUUCGACAAAGCCGCGGCGGCCGAGUUCGGGCUGGCCGGGUGGAAGAGCCUCCACGAGCUGAACCCGCGGGCCGCAAGCGAGGCGGCGGUGGGCUGGGUGUUCCUGGUGGACACCCUCAACUUCUCCUUCUGGUCCGAGAAGGAGGAUCAGAAGUACCUGGUGAAGUACAAGGGUAAAACGUACAGCGGGUACUGGUCGCUCUGCGCCGCCGUCAACAGGGCCCUUGACCUCGGAAUACCUAUUACUAGUGCAUCAUACUUCGCGACCAUGACGCUCGACCAAGUUAAGAGUGUAUUUCGCUCUGACACAGAGGUGCCCAUACCUUUGAUUGAAGAAAGACAUCGGGUGCUGAAUGAAAGUGGAACGGUUCUGUUAGAGAAGUUUGGAGGCUCUUUCCUCACCUGUGUUAAAAAGAGUGAGAAAAGUGCUCAGAAACUACUAGGUAUCAUACUGGAAAAUUUUCCUUCUUACAGAGAUGAAGCUGUGUUUGAGGGGAAAAAGGUGUCUUUCUACAAACGGGCACAAAUACUUGUGGCUGAUACCUGGAGUGUAUUAGAAGGCCAAGGAGACGGCUCUUUUGAUGACAUUUCUAGUCUGACUAUAUUUGCUGACUACAGAAUUCCUCAAGUUCUUGUUCACUUAAAAGCAAUUAAGUAUUCUGAAAAACUAAUGAAGAAACUACGUGAAGGAACAGUUUUCCAAUCUGGAGAUAAAGAGGAGGUGGAGAUCCGUGGCUGUUCUAUUUGGUGUUGCGCGUUGAUUUGUAAGCACCUGCUUGAGCUCUAUGAGAAGAAGGGUCAGGACAUGCGUGAGAAGAUCAACGCAGUUUUACUUGAUUAUCAUCUUUGGGACUAUGCCAGGGAUCAUCGAGAAGAGAUGAAAAAUACUCCAUUUCACCGAGUACGCUGUAUAUAUUACUAAAUCCCGUCUGACAGCUAUUCUAUUGAUGCAUAAUCUUUUGAGUUGCAAUUAUUCUUUUCAUAGGGUGAUUUGUAGUAUAUGAAUUUUGGAACUGGCUAACUCAAGUGCUCAUUUUCUGAUCAUGCGUUAACAACUAGCCUUUUGUUUUGGUUUGGUUUUUUCCUCUGAAUCUUUGACUUGCCAUGGAUGGAGUUAAUAGCAUAAACUUUGCUGGACAAUCCCUGUGAACACAGGGUUUGUUACUCCCUGCUUUGAGUUCUGUACUUGUGUUUCACACAUGUCUGUGCACGGGGACCGGCUUAUCUGUGGGUGGGCCCCGCCUGCCUGUGCCUUCACACGCCUGCGCCGGGGCCGUCUGUUGCUGGUGUUCAGCAUGCGCUUGCCGCGAGCGGAGCCGUUCCACGCCUUAAAUAAAGAGUGCCGUGACAAGC